AAAGACAAAACAGUAGCAGGGAUCUGUGUCCACUUCCUGUUAAGGCUGAAUAUUCAGCAACACCUGCAAAGCAAGCAGAAGGAUAUGCAGAAGAUCCAACAGUCUUGUCAGUUCGUGUGUGUAGGUUGUUCCUACUGUUCCACUAUUGUACCCAGAAAAAUGCCUUGCCUGAGAGGGAAAGCACAGACUGUCUUGGGCCCUGUGGAGCCAAACCACCUUGGCUAUACGUUGACUCAUGAACACUUGACUAUGAACUACAGCAGCUGUUUUUGUCCACCUUCUCCAGGCCAAGAGCCUCUGUCCGAUGGGCCAAUUGAGAUGAAGAACUUGUUUUGGAUUAAGCAAAAUCCUUACAGCCAUAAAGAAAACCUUCUUUUGUAUCAGGAAACAGAUGCUGUGAAGGAGGAGCUGUUUCAUUUUAAAGCAGCAGGUGGUGGCACGAUUGUGGAAAAUACAACCACAGGAAUUGGUCGGGAUAUGAAUACUUUGAAGAAACUUGCUGAAGAAACUGGAGUCCAUAUUAUUGCUGGGGCUGGGUUUUAUGUGGAUUCCACUCAUUCUUCUCAAACACAGGCCAUGACAGUGGAACAGCUUACAGGCAUUAUUGUUGAUGAGAUACUCAAUGGAGCGGAUGGGACUAACAUCAAAUGUGGUGUGGUGGGAGAAAUAGGUUGCUCCUGGCCUUUGACUCAGAGUGAACACAGAGUGCUUCAGGCAACAGCGCAGGCUCAGUCACAGCUUGGGUGCCCCAUUAUCAUCCAUCCUGGCAGGAACAGUGAUGCACCGUUCCAGAUUAUCCGUGUUCUGCAGGAAGCUGGGGCUGAUGCUUCAAAGACAGUCAUGUCUCACCUUGACAGGACUAUAUUCGAUACAAAGAAACUUCUGGAAUUUGCUAAACUUGGAUGCUAUUUAGAGUAUGACCUAUUUGGUACAGAAUUUCUUCAUUACCAAUUCCAUCCUGAUAUUGACAUGCCGAGUGACAACGAAAGAAUUGCAAGGAUUCGUAUGCUGAUCGAUGAAGGCUAUGAAGACAGAAUUCUGAUUGCUCAUGAUGUGCACACUAAGAAUAGGUUGAUGAAAUAUGGAGGUCAUGGAUAUUCACAUAUCCUUAAAAAUAUAGUUCCUAAAAUGCUGAUUAGAGGCAUAUCACAAGAUAAAAUUGAUAAAAUACUCCUAGCAAAUCCGAAGCGGUGGUUAACUUUUAAGUAAAAAUAAUGAAUAAAUAUCCGUAUUUUAUCGGGAAGCUUGAUAAAAUUCAGAUUUGUUUCAGGAGAGUAGUCAUUUUAAAACUUGAUUCUUUUCAGAGAAACUGGAAGUUAAAUGCGAACAAACUGAUGAUGACUUUUCUUUUUAAAUAAAACAAUAAAAUUAUGUAUUCUCUCUGCAUUUUCUCCCUUCUAAAAAUGUUCAUGAAUGAUUUACUGGAUAUGAGCCUACCUGCUAAAUCUUUUCCACUAAAAUUUUAAAAUAAUUGUUUCUAGAGAGUAAUCUAAUACUAUUACUAAAUGUUACCCAAAAAUAUUUUUGAAGAUGCAUCAUCUGGACUUUGAAGGAAAUUAUGGUUUUCAAUUCAAUUCCCCUUUUCCAGGGGGUGAUUUUAAUCCUUGUAUUAUUGACAAUCUUCUGAUUAUCCUUUAUAGUUUUUAAAUAAUGCUUGCUAAAAUGUCUGGGACUUUUAAAUAGCUUCCACAGACAACAAAAGGAAUCUCGAAUAAUUCUACAAUGAUACUGUUUCUUUCUAGUUUAACAAUUUACUUAUUUUUAACUGAAAGUGUGAAAAAUACAUGGAAAAAUAUAUUUUUGAAUAAAGCAACUUGAUGACCUUUUAAACAAUGUGCAGUAUUACUACUUUUUUCAAUCGCAUUAAUUUUUUGUCCCGAACUUUCGGAAUCUCACAGUGAUCAUGUGAGACUUCAUGCACACCAGCUUCUUUUUGUAAGGAUGUAACACCAAAAGUCAAAAUGUAUUACAUAAUACAGUUUUAAUGAGUUGUAAUAGUUAUAACAAAGGUUGUGAUAUAAGUCUUUACAAAUCAGUAUAUCAAGAUAUGAUGAAAACAGAAGAAAUGUUUGCCUUAUAUGUAUUUUUCACGUAAAGUGUGUUCUUUGCUCUUGUCUAACUUUAACUAGGGCAGGUGAUUUAUCCAAAAAAUGGUCUUAUCCAGUAGCAGCAGUAGCCUCAUUUCAAAAACAUCUUGUAGCAUUGAUCUUUUUCAGUAAAUACCGUAGUAAAUAUGCAUUGCUAGUUGUAAAUGAUCUCUAGCUUGGUACAUUAGUGUUUGAUACCACGUAGAAAAUCUCUAGCUACGCUGCUGUUUUGAGUGUGCUAACCAAUAAAAGCAACAGUGGAAUGAACAGACAUGAAAUCACACAUCUGAUAUUGAAAUACAUUACCUUGUAGAAAAAAAAACAGGAGUAAUCACUACAAUGUACGGAUAUAGGUUGGCACUUUGUCAUAAAGUAAAAGCAUUAACCAUUCUGGUGAGAUAAUACACAAGCAACUGGCAGCACAAUGUCCCUUUGUAAAUCCUAGAUGAGUUAGACUGGUGAUCCUCUCAGCCAGCCUUGACUAACUCGGCAUUUAUUUUGUACUGGACAACUCAAAACAGAAACAGAAAGAGUAACAUGAUUUGUUUAAGAAAAGCUUCACUCAUUCAAACGAGAGAUUUUUAGAUAGAUUUGUGAAAUCUUCAUCAGACUUUUACUGAGCAGCCAGCACUGAAGAGCUUUUUUGUCACAGUGGCAGACACUUUUGACAUAUUAGUGCAGAUAAAUCUGAGUUUGUACCCUUAGUACAUUAGACAAGUUUGCUUGUGGCAAAGUACAUGAAAUAGAAAUGAUAGGGGUAGCCUCUAUUACUCUUUAACAAUUUACAGAAAUGUUACCUUGAUUUUGCCAAAAUGUUAAAAAUAAAUAACAUAACCAACUGUGCUAAGGAGCUAGUUAAUUAUCUUGCUAGAAUUUAGGUUUGGAAUGAAAUCUGCAAGUUUUAACCUGAGAGAAAUAGACAGCCUCCCCUCCCAAAACCAAAACAAAUAAUAAAUCCAUUUUCUCAAGAAAAAUAUUCUGUGGACAUUACUGGUAUGACUGAUUUUAAAGCAUUUUUAUAACUAUGUAACUCAUAGUACCUGUGUUUAGUUUAAUUCUCCAAGCCAUUAAUCCUUUAUAUGGAUUAAACUUCUUUGAGAUUUUAUAUAUAUAUAUCUAUAUAUAUAUAUGAAUGAGAAAAAUAGGUUUUAAUACACACCUUUUUUUUUGCAUGUAAAUAUCUGCUUCUUUCUUUGCAUAUGUGUUAUCAUUUUUGGUAAUAUGCUUAUCUGUGUCCAUUUCAUAGGCACGCCUUACUACAAACUGGUAACUAACUACCAUGGAAAAGGUCUGUGUGACAACAUUUUCUCAUGUGUCAGAUCUCCCAUUCUUCCUUUGUGGGAGUAAUCCCACUAACUUCAGUGAGAUAAGACACCUAAAACAAAUAAGGUUUUGACCCAUUAUAUUCCUACGAAAUGUUCUAGUUGAACAUCUGCAGUAAGUCAUAACUAUUUUAUUAAAAAUAGGACCCAAGUACAGACUAAGUGCUAAAAGACUAAUGAAGACUAGUUGCUGCAAAGAAAACUACCUUAGUCUGAGGAUAUGGAUGCCAGGCUUGCUAAAUAUUUACACAACUAACCAUCAAGAAUGGGCCUGUAAUAAUUGUCUAAAUAUAUAUUUACACAUUUACAAAUUAAAAGCCAAAUCCUUUUUCCAUUAAUAUCAAUGGGAGUUUUGCCAUUGGCUUUGGUGGAAUCAGGGAUUUGAUCCAAUAGAAUAGUUUGUCAACUGUUAUAUUUUUCAGGGAAAGAAAAAAAGAAAGUGUUUCUUCUACCCUUCUUUUUCUUUUAGAACACAGCUAAGGGAAAGACAAAAUUUAAACAACUCCACUGAAUUGAUUUUUAUGUUAAAGGUCUAAUGUAAACCUACAAAGCAGAAACACUGAGUUAAGGCUUGAAGCUGAUUAGUUUCUAGUUUUAAGUGGAAGGAUAAGAAAAGUACAAGGCAAACAAUUCCUUUGGAGAGAGAAAGUAUAUUUUGAUUACCUCUUCCUUUUAUUGUAAAAUCAUUCCUCACCACACUAUGAGUGGACUCCAAGCAUCAUUGUUAGCAAGUAAGUCACAAGAACUGAAGCUGAAGUAUGGAUAAAGCAGCAAGAUCAUAACACAUCAAGGUAUCAUAUACACUGAAGAAAUAGCUCAGUGUCCUUAGGUGGUUUUUUUUCUAUAAAAAUUUGAUCUAUGUAGGACUUCAUUCACAUGGACACUAACAAUGAGGAAGUAUUUGCUUUGGCGGUAGUGGAUCGCACAUCUGUUUAACUUGUUUUAUAAUUUUUUAACAUAAGGUUUCUCUGUGUUGUACAGAUGUGAAUCAGGUAGCAUUCGACUUUUUUUCCCCGCUACUGAGGUGUUCGGUGGUCGCUCUCUGCUGGGGUGCUUGUUUCAUUGACUUCUGCCACGCAAAUCCAUUGCUUAGAAGAGCAAGCUUCAUUUUUGGACUGGUUUGUACUUCCGAGGGGCCAUAAACGAAAGGUGAAGUGGCAUAGCAGAUUAAUUGAGUGCCCGCCGAUGCUCCCGCCUGCGCGGAGCGGCUCCCGGCCCGGCCGAGCUGCCGGCGCUGCCCGGGGGAGGAGACACGCAAACGAACGGGCCCCUCAGCGACCCGCCCGGCACGGCGGGGACACCGAGUCCCGCGUUCAGGCCUCGGGGGCACCGCGAGGAGCGGAUCAAACCCCGCCGGAGGACGACAGUCCUCAGAGGGGACGCGCCUCCCGGCCGCUCCGCAACCGCCCCGGUGCCCGCCGCUAAGAGCCCGCGCCGCCGCGCCGCGCUGGAGCCGGAGCCGGAGCCGGAGCCGGAGCCGGAGCCGAAGGGAGAACGGGAUCCUGCCCGGGUGCCACCUGCCAGGAGAGGAGGAGGCUGACGAGCGCGCUGGAGCAAUUUAUAGGCACCCAAAAGCGCAGGGGAAAGGGGAGCUGCUUUGGCAUCUCAUUCCAGCAUCUGCUCUGCUCUUCCCACUCACAGAGAGUUUGGCAUUACUCUGGCAGUGUGGGAAAUAUAUAUUUUUUUUCCUCUCUCCCUCCCCCACCCCUCCCGCAAACGGAUGAACAGUGAAAUCGUGAGCCUCACUCACUAGCUGCAUCUUGCGAUGACAGCUCUUUCUGGAGCAAACCAAAAGGAAGAGAUGUGCUUAGCAGCCUCUGGGUACCCUUCAGGUCACCGAUCGAGAAUUAAAAGGUCAAUCCACCUCCUGCUUAACGCUCCUCUGAGGCUAUCCUGCCAUAUUAGUGUUUUCUGGGAACUAUCGCUUUAAAUGUAGGGAUGCUUUGCAGUUACCGAUUGUCCAAGUGGAAGUUAUUUGAAAAUAUACCUCACACAGUAAUAGAGAUUAGCAUCUCUCACAAUUUCGGAUCUCCCUUUGCCCCUCUCCCUGAUUACAACCGUAAAGGCAGAGAAGGAAACAGUUCUUUCUGUGAAUUAAAAUUGACAUACUCAUCACAGGCUGCAGUGUUUCCCGGUGUUAAAGCCAGCCACCGCUUUGCUAGCAAACUGACACCGAAGGAAAGAGUUCCCUUUUGUUUAGAAGCCAAAGGAAAGUGUGGGGCAUAUGCAGAUCAACAGAUGCCUGAAUCUGAGAAAAAGGUCUCUCUGGCUUAACUCACAGCAAGGUGUCUUGUUAAAUGUUGGGGGUUUUUUUGUUGUAGUUGUUUUAUUGUUGUUGUUGUUGUCGUUGUUUUCUUGUGUUGUUUCUGUGUGAAAGGUUUCUCCUUCCCAAAGGGCUGGUGGGCACCUCUGUGACUGAGUCGGAAGGUGAAUGUGCAGCAUUAGUGGCAUUUCUUCCAAGAAAAUAUUAAGGAACUUGUCCUGCUUACAGAUAGAUAUACAAGGGAUGAUGGCUGGAAAGAGUGUGACUUAUUACAGCAAGGCAAGAAUCGGAAAUGAGCAACAGCAGCAAAUAGGACAACAACCAAAUAAUAGCAUCUCCAGCGAUGAUCAGAGCGCUGUGAUCUUGUCUUGGAUUUUAUUGGCACAAAUCCCCUCUCCCUUCACCCGUUCUCUUUUCUUUCUUUUCUAUUCCGCAACACAAUAAGGUCAAACAAGCAGGCAGUGGGAAACAAAGAUUCAUUGAUUCCUCCUUUUAAGCAGAAAUGUCAGCAGCUCCUUUUACUCUUUCCUGAGAGACUCAAAGGCAGUAAGUGUGUCCAUGCUGCGUAGAGAUGGGCCAGCCCAGCUCCUUAUCUCCCCAGAAAACUCCCGAUAAAGCUUCCAUAUCCAUAUCCCUCCCCCCCUUUUUUUUUUUUUCCCUUUCGUUCUUUUUUCUUUCCUCUAAUGCUCUCUCUUAAAAAAAUACUUUAUCUGGCACUGACACGAGCUAGCCAGUUCCCUCAGCUAAGGGCUUCCCCUCAAGACCCAGGAAGGCAGUUGAACACACUUAGAGGAUUAUGUUUGUAUCUCAUUGCUCUCUUCACCCCAUAGGAAAGGGCUUUCAGCACUGCUCUUUCAUUGGCAGGAAAAAAAGAAAAGUUGUGCCAAGGCUGAUGGGUCCAUCUCAGUCUCUAGUUGGGCCCUUGAGGCGUUGUAUUUAGUCAUCCCUAACUGAGGUGGUUUUCAUGACAUUGGGAUGUGCGUAAGCCUCCAUUGCAAUGGCUGUGUUACACAUUGGGAAAAUAAUAAAUCUCUUACUUUCAGAUAGACACAAACCUAUCGUGGUCUGUCAAGCCACACUGAUGCUGGGUGACUGGCAUCAAGCACACUCUCAGUUCCUCACUCCAGCUAUGAUAAGCCUGAUUUUUAAAGCAAGGUCCUAACAUACCAACCAUGUUUACCCUCUUAAUAAACAGUUUUAUCCUCA